AUGACAUCUCCGAAAAAGUAUUCUGCUGAACGAAUAACUAUUGCUGAGGAAGAACAGCGACAGUUUCUUCUCCCAUUCUCUCGUCGACCGAUUGAUAUGGGAUUAGAUCCAUUCAUCGAUGAACAUGAUCCAUCAUUAAUUAUACGUGUCGCUGGGGUGAUAGAUCUUCGAAUGGAUUCUAGCCCAAUCCAUCCAAACAAGAAAAUUAUCCGAAUCAUCGAUGAAACGUAA